CUCAAAUGUUAGGGGGGUAAGGGCCAUGAAAGGUAGCUCCAGUCUGCACAUGGCCUGUUUGGAGGGACGUGCACAGCCCUUCCACCGAGCAGAGGGGUCAAGUCAGGCCCGCCCACGGCACACUCCACGCCGUGGACCCGUGCAGGGAACCUGACCUUCCCCAAGAAAAGACUUUGCCACCAAGCCAACACGAAGGGGACUGUACACAUCUCUGCUGUUCACGAAUUUCAGAGUAAAUAAAAACAAUAACUCCAGGAAUCAAAUACCUUACCCCUCCAAUACAUAAUUCCUGUUCAUUUUAGCUGCGGGGCCUAUAAGUAUUAAACGGUGAUUUUUCCCAGCAACUUAACGUGAGACAAUUAUGAAGGAAAACAGCCCAAACCAACGAUGGCCCCAGAAACUUUCUUUUGAGCACAGGAGGAGGUGGGAGUAUGUGGACCCCUUGGCUCCGGCUCCUCCGAGCCGCCCUGUCAGUGUAUCCACCUCCGGAAAGACCUGGUGUGGACGCGCAGUGAACUUCGCGGCCCUCCACACUGCCCGGGAUCUGGAAUUCCUCCCCCCGCGUUGAUACAGACAGGCACCUCUGGGUGAGACCCCAGCGCCUGUGAACCUGCACCCCGCCCCCACCGACUUCAGCCUCAACUCGAGCCGCGCGCAGGGAGGACAGGGACGCACCUUCCUUCGCUCCUUCGCUUCCGUUUCCUACGUGGCGGAGACGCAGAGGCGGCCUAUCGCCUACCUGCCUUCCAGGUCCCGGCCGGGAGCUGCUGCGAGUCCGGCCGAGCAGUUUGCUGCCCUCGGGUUCGCUGCGGACCUCACCUGCCGCGGCGCUCUGCCGCCUGACUCAUCCGGGAUGGGUGGCGCGGGGUGGGGAAGACCCGGGAGGGUGGAGGGACAGAGGAGGCGGGCCGGGCCCUGCCCCCACAGACCGGGAGGAGGCGUCUCCUGGGCGCAGGUGAAACCGACUCCAACCUCUCCCGGGAACUUUUGCCGCGGCGACUGGCUGCGGGCGGCCGGCGUAGCGCAGGGGAGGCCUGGGGGCCGCCUUCUCCCACCCAGGCUGUGCGCGGUGCCUCAGCCCCGGGCCACCCUCUGGGGACCCACGACCCUACUGGCGCGCCCUGGGGAAGCAGGCAACGUGGGCCUCCGCAGCUGAUGGAGGCGACUGGUUCUACCCCGGGCGCAGGUGACACACGCCCGGCCAGGGUUCCUGCCGGCUGGGAAGAGGACCGGGAGCGCGAGACGCAGACACCCCGGGAGCAGAGGACGACAAGGCAGAAAUGGCCCGAGAGCUGAGCCAAGAGGCACUGCUGGACUUUCUGUGCCAGGCAGGGGGCCGAGUGACCAAUGCUGCUUUGCUGAGCCACUUCAAGAGCUUUCUCCGGGACCCCGACGCGUCCCCCAGCCUGCACCAGCAGCGCCGAGAGCUCUUCAAGGGCUUCGUCAACUCGGUCGCCGCAGUGCGCCAGGACCCCGACGGCACCAAGUGCGUGGUGCUCAAGAGGAGGUACAGGGACCUUUUGGGGGAGGAAGGGCUGCAGCGACCCCGCGGGCCGCCCGCGGCCGCCACCCCAGCAGGAGGAGCUGCGCCCUGCUCCCCGCCCCAGCCGCAGCCCGGGCGGCGGCGGCGCGAGAAGGAGCCGGAGGAGGAGCCAGCAGGUGCCGCGGCGCGGGCUGUGGACGCAGGCUACGAUGGACUCCCGGCCAGCGGUCCCCGGGAGGCGGCCGGCAAGCCGGGCGGGCCGCCGGGGAGCCCGGGCCGGAGGGCGCGGCCGGCGCUGCCUCUGUCUGCCGGGGAUGACCGCGGGGGCCCCGGGCAGCGGCAGGAAGGCUCACCCGCUGGGCCCGCGACACCUCGGUGGCCUCCCGCCGUAGUCCAGGCUGCCGAGAUCUGGGGUUCCCCACUGGCCCCGCCGCCUAGCCCCACUUCCCCCGUAGACCUGCCCGAGUCGUUGCCCCCCGGACCCCUGCACUGGUCCGCCCUGCAACAACAACAGCGCACUCGGGAGUGGGUGGCUAGACAACCGCAGGUGCCCGAGGCCAGGCACCAGGGCCCCGUCCGGACCUGGUCGGUGCUGCCGGACAACUUCUUCCAGCUGCCCACCGAGCCGGGCUUCUGCGUCGCGCGGCCAGACUUAGAGCCUCCCGACCUUCCUCCUUCCUCUCGCUCUCUCUUUCCUGUUCCGGAUGAGUCCGCGGAAUCCCGGCCAGGUAACUCUCUACCGACUGUCUUUCGUAGCAUUCGAUGUCAGCUGUCCCUCCAAGAUCUGGAGGACUUUGUGGACCAGGAGAGCCAUGGCAGUGAGGAGAGCAGCAGCGGGCCCAGGGAGUCCCCUGGGGGCUCCGAGGAGGGGCUGCAGGCUGCGCUGGGAACUCCAGACUGGGGGAAGCCCAAGACUCCAGCCAAGAGCCUUUCCGUGUCUGGGAAGGAGAACAGUCCUCAGAGCCCCAGGAACCGAGAGGAUGGUCACAACCCGCAGCAGGUCACAACAGCAGCGAAUGGCCUUGCUGGCCACCCCCAGGAAGUGUUGCCCUGGCCAGCUCCUAGGCUGAGGAGGUCCCUCAGGAGGAGCUCUCUGGCCGGGAGAGCCAAACUGUCGUCUUCUGAUGAGGAGUACCUUGAUGAGGCCUUGCUGAAAAGGAGUCGGCGUCCACCGCGAUCCAGGAAGCCCUCCAAGGCAGGAGCCGUGCCCAGUCCAAGGGCGGAUGCACCUUUGACACCCAAACUCACAGAGGUUAAGGCUGUUGUGGCCCAGCGGAGUUGGCCACAUAGCUGGCGGGCUCCCAGUGGGGAGGCGCCUGCAGCCUUGGUUCCCCACAGACCUUCGGAACACAAGUCAUCGCUGGUCCCCCUAGACGCCAGGGAACACGAGUGGAUUGUGAAGCUUGCCAGUGGCUCCUGGAUUCAAGUGUGGACUUUAUUCUGGGAGGACCCCCAGCUGGCUUUGCACAGAGACUUCUUGACUGGGUAUACUGCCUUGCACUGGAUAGCCAAACAUGGUGACCUCAGGGCCCUUCAGGACUUGGUCGCAGGGGCACAGAAGGCAGGGAUUGCUCUUGACGUAAAUGUGAGGUCCAGUUGUGGGUACACCCCCCUGCACCUUGCCGCUAUUCACGGCCACCAGGCAGUCAUCAAAUUGCUGGUGCAAAGACUGGCUUCUCGAGUGCAUGUCCGUGACAGCAGUGGCAAAAAGCCAUGGCAGUAUCUGACCAGUAACACCUCCGGGGAAGUGUGGCAGCUGCUGGGAGCCCCUCGGGGAAAGCCCAUUUUCCCAGUCUAUCCCUUAAUCCGAAGCUCUUCCCCCACCAGGAGGGCCAAGAGCCGGGAAAUAUCUAGAAAUGUAACCCGAAAGACUUCCCUUGCUGCACUUCUCAAAAGUCAGCACAACAAGUGGAAAUUGGCCAACCAGUAUGAGAAAUUCUCCAGUGCCAGGGAAAGAGAAGAAUAUAGUGACUGAGGUGGGCCCCUCUCUUCAUCAUGUAGCCAUUACACCCUUGAGCCAUCCUUGAGCUACUCAGCGAGAGAAUUCAGGGGAGCAGAACAGCUGCGGAGGGGGUGGGACAGAGAGAGGUCAACUGAGAGGCUACCCAGUCUCUACCUCCCCUCACUGCACCUUACAGCAGCACAUCCUGGACCUCAGGGGUCAUCCAAGCAUUUUGAAAGCUCAAGUCCUUGAACUGUUGAAACCUAGAGAAGGGGCAGAGGCAAGUGCACAAAACCCAGAGGGGUUCUUCCCCUUCCCUGGCCCACAGAUCUGGGCACAGUAAGCCCCAUUGUUUUCUGAAGCAGCAAUCCCAGGCCUUGGCUAGAGAGGAAACAGAUGCCCAACAAAAAGAGAGGCAAUUUGAGGAAUUGGCGAAGCGCAGACAAAUCCUCUCUGGCUAGUAGCUCUCUGGCUUCUGUUCAAUUGGAGACUAAAUCUUGGCUGAGAGUGGAAAGCACCAGGUUUGAAAUCAGACAGCUUUUUUUUGGCAUUCAAAUCAGUGAAACAAAAUUAUUACUGGAGAGUAGGAUUUUAUUUAAGCAAUUUCUCAGCUUUGUCCCCAAGUCUUCUUUUGAAUUCCACCCAUGGUGACUAAAUGAUUAGCCUAAUCAAAGAAGCAAUUGAGUUGACCUUGACUUCAGAGACAUGACUGUCAUUCUUGCUUUUUUGUAUUAACCCCAAGGGAACUUUCCCAAUGUAAAACCAUGUGCUUCAUUCACAUCUGGAGACUGAAACCAUCUUUCCUGGAGACACUCUGUAACAAAUGGAAUUGUCAGUAGUAGUUGCCAGUAGGUUAACUGGUAAAAGUGAGAAAUGACCCUCCUCUGGGGAAGCAAUAAAGGUUAGACACAGCAUGCCUCCCCACCAGGACUUUUGUAAGCUGCUAAUAUAAUUUUAUUUGCACUAAACUUGUUGCCAGUUAAGAUUAAAUAUUAGCCUUAAAGUACUGUAUAUGUAACAGGAAGUGCUUCUUUUAAUUGCUCAUGAAGAGCUUGACUAUUGUAGGCUCAUGGAGCAAGAGAUGGGCUGGUCUGUAAACUUCAGCAGAACAUCAAGGUUUCAGAAUUCAUGUUCAAAGAGGGCUAAAAAAAUGAAAUGUUCAGGGGGAGAUUGUUAAUUUUUUGUGAGAAUGUUUUCAUGUGUUGUGGCAAUGAUGCUGUGUUUUAAAAGCAUUUUUGUUUCUUCUGGUUGUUUCCCCUUGUUAAAAGAUCCACAGAGCUUUAUGAUUUGUUGUGUUUAUGCUGAUUACUGUUUUCUUCUUUAUAAAAUUGUCUCAGUGAG